CCCGUCUCUCCCCCCCCCCCCGGCACAUGCCCGCCUCCCGGCCGCCGGCAGGAGCAGCAGUUGCAAUCCCCGCGCAUCACCCUCGGCUGCCGGGCGCUCCUGCCUCGGCGUGCUUCCCUCUUUCUCCGCCUCUAACAAAGGGAUCGUCGGCGAGGGAGGCGAGGCAGCCCCCUCCCCACGCGACCACCCACCCACUCCGGGCUAUUGUUGCAGCUUCAUCGGACGAGGGCCGGGAGAUGGAAGAUGGAAGGAGGCGACGGUGGGGCAGCCAUGGAGGUAGCACUCUCCUUCCACACAACAUCAACAACGAAUUCCCGGAAUAUGGGGCUGUGGAGGAAGGUGCCAAAACUUCGGAAAUUCCCUCUGAGGUUCACAAAGAUGAACUAGUGUGUGUUUCUGAAGGGCAGCCAUGUGACCAGCUGCCUUCUGAGAACGGCAGACCUAGUGAUAAGGUAGAGUUUUUCUCUGAGGGGUUACAAAUGGCUCCCCAAGAGGAAGAAGUGUCAGAACAGUUUGGCAGGCCGAGUGAGACUAUAGAAACCUCCCAAGAUUUAGAAUCUGAAAAGGCACUUGACAGGGAAAACGAUGCUUUUGCUUCGGAGAUGCAAAUGGAAAAAGAGAGGAAAGCUGGCAGUGGGGCUGAGGAGGCAGCCAGGGAGAUGGUUCUUGCAGGCCAAGAAAAACCUCCAGAAAUGCCUCUUCCAUCUGAAGCGACAGCGGAGAGAAAAUUGUAUUGGAUUGCAGAAGAAGACUCUAUGGUCUUAACUGUGGAAAUACAGCCCGAGACCUUACGAACUGCUGGCGGUGCAACUGAGGAGGCCCACAAAAUAUGUGAAACCAGUUGCCAUAAAGCUCUGGCCCAGCCAGAGGACAGGAAGAUGAGUGCUUCAGGAGUCCUUGGCGGUGCCUGGGCAGACUUUGAGCGGGAGUUUUCUGUGCUUGAUUCAGACAAGGAAGAAAGAGCGCCCGAGAGGAGGAUAUCCAAAGAGGCGGCUGUGAGUAAACAUGUGGAAUUUCAAGGGGUAGAAAUCCUUUGGAUCCAAAAAGCAGAGGAGCAGAAGGAAAGCGGACUCUCUGACACGGAUAGUGUAGAAAGAAGAUUCUCAAAACACCACACACCACCUGCAGUCUCAUCAGAAUUGGACUGUUUGCCGGAACGCUCCUGGAAUAUAUCCUGGGAAAACUUCAGGCCUUUAAGUUCGCUGGCCGAAGGUGGAGAGGAUGAAGUCUUCAUAGUAGAGGAAAAGAAGAACUGGGCACUGGAGAGGAAAUCUAUGUCGGACAAGGACAGGCUCAUGGAGGAGGAGGAGGAAGAGGACGACGAAGAAGAAGCCAUCAGUGGAAGAGUGGAAGAUGUCCUUGGGCAACCGCACUCCGAAGUCUCAACAGAUGUGUACAGCUCCCAGUUUGAAAGCAUUCUGGACAAUGCCUCUUUAUAUUAUAGCGCAGAGUCUCUGGAAACUUUAUAUUCUGAGCCGGAUAGCUACUUCAGCUUCGAAAUGCCGCUCACUCCCAUGAUUCAGCAGCGUAUCAAAGAAGACGCUCAAUUUUUAGAAAGGACUCCUGAUGGGGCAAUAAGAAAAGGCCACAGCGACGGGAUUGCCAAUGGACUAGCUGAUGUGAAGGAGACGGACAUCACAGAAGCUUGUCAUUUAGAAAGCAAUGCAAGACUGGAAUGCACAACGGCGCCAGAUGCCGUAGGGGACAUGGGAAGCAACGAUUUCCUGGAGAAAGAUGGGCACGAAAACCUGGGGCACGACUUCAUCAAUGGGACCACCAGCGGCAAUGCGGAAGCAGCCCGGAGGCUGGCAAAGCGCCUGUAUCAUCUGGAUCGAUUCAAGCGGUCUGAUGUAGCGAAGCACUUGGGGAAAAACAAUGAGUUCAGCAAACUUGUCGCUGAGGAAUACCUCAAGUUCUUUGAUUUCACAGGCAUGUCUUUGGAUCACUCACUCAGGACAUUCUUCAAAGCCUUUUCUCUUAUUGGAGAAACUCAGGAAAGAGAGCGAGUUUUAGUUCACUUCUCCAACAGAUACUACCAGUGCAACCCAAAUGCCAUUUCCACACAAGAUGGAGUCCAUUGCCUCACAUGCGCAAUCAUGCUGCUGAACACUGACCUCCACGGCCAUAAUAUUGGCAAAAAGAUGUCCUGUCAAGAAUUCAUUGCCAACCUUCAGGGAAUGAAUGAAGGCAAAGAUUUCCCAAGGGAACUCUUGAAGGCUCUCUACAAUUCAAUCAAAAACGAGAAGCUUGAGUGGGCAGUAGACGAUGAAGAAAAGAAAAAAUCCCCCUCGGAUGGUACCGACGAGAAGGAUAAUGGAACUCAGUCGAAGUCUGGCAACCGCAUAGGCAACUCUGGUAACCCUUUCCUGGACAUUCCUCACGACCCCAAUGCAGCUGUAUACAAAACUGGGUUCCUGGCACGUAAAAUCCACGCUGAUAUGGACGGGAAGAAGACUCCACGAGGGAAGAGGGGAUGGAAAGCCUUUUAUGCUGUCCUUAAAGGAACUGUGCUUUAUUUGCAAAAGGAUGAAUACAAACCAGAGAAAGCUUUAUCAGAGGAAGAUCUUAAGAAUGCAGUCAGCGUGCACCAUGCUUUAGCAUCGAAGGCGACAGACUAUGAGAAGAAGCCAAAUGUUCUGAAGCUCAAGACAGCUGACUGGAGGGUCCUGCUUUUCCAAGCCCAGAGCCCAGAAGAAAUGGAGUUGUGGAUCAACAAGAUCAAUUCUGUGGCAGCCGUUUUUUCUGCCCCACCAUUUCCAGCUGCUAUUGGAUCCCAGAAGAAGUUUAGCCGCCCACUGUUACCUGCUUCCACAACCAAAUUGUCUCAGGAUGAUCAGCUGAAAUCACAUGAAAGUAAACUGAAGCAAAUCUCCACUGAACUAGCUGAGCAUCGUUCCUACCCACCAGAUAAGAAACUUAAAGGCAAGGAAGUGGAGGACUACAAACUGAAAGAUCAUUAUCUGGAAUUUGAGAAAACUCGGUACGAAACCUACGUGUCUCUUCUCACAGAGGGAGCCGGCAAGGAGUUGCUGAGCACCAAUGAGAAUGACGGCCCGGGACUGAAGAAAUGCCACUCAAGCCCCUCAUUAAAUCAGGAGUCCCCUCUUAGUGCCAAGGUGAAGCGUAAUAUCUCCGAGAGGAAAGACUAUAGACCCGAAACACCGAGCAUCAAGCAGAAGGUUACUUAGGGCAACUGAGGCAGGCUGGAGGAACAACAUGAUCACUCGCUCUUUGAUAACCUGUCCUUUGCAAAAACAAAACAAACAAAAAUUAACACAUCUGCCUGAAUGGGGUGUUAGUGACAUUUUCAAUUGUAAAUUUUUGUUGUUUCUGUA